AUGGCCUCGAGAAACCUCCCAAAUGGUCACAUCACGAGGCCGCAGCUGCAGUCUUGGGACGCCGCGACCCUGCUGAACCCAAAGGCGGCCGUCGCGGGCCAGCACGGCGGGCCUUCCUCCUUACCCUCCAGACCGCCCUCGAAUGGGCCUCAAUUUCCAAAUCAUGAUGCGCCUCAGGUCGCAUUUCAGUUCUCGACUCCUGACGCUACCGAAAACUUCCACUCACAUCCUUUCCGGCCCUCAGCGACACCCGACAGUGCAGAAAUCUCUCGAAAUUCGACCCCGAACGGCAUGAGCUCAAUGAUAGAGCGCAUGAACAAUGUGCAAGACCGCAGUAGUGUGCCUGUGCCGAAGCGACGCAGGAUUGAAGAGGACUCGCAGGACCAGGCGUCCAAGAAUGGGUUCCAUGGCAGAGGGGGUAAUGGCAUGCUGUCUGGCUAUGUGAAGCAGAAGCAGCAAGAGGGCCAGGCUGCUUCUUUCACAAAGCCGCAGUCUCAGAGCACUGUUGAUCUGACUGGUGGUAAAUUUGGACAUCCUGCCUACUGGAAUUUCCAUCUCGGGCUUGUUGCUGACGGUCGAUCAGGAGACGACGACGAGGACCUCGUCGAGAUUACAGAUCCGAGAGAACAAGAGGUUUGUUAUGGUAUGAUUGGAGGGGCCUCGGUUAACUGCCACAUUGUUCCUUCGCCAAAGCCGAACUCGAGAUUCUUGACGCCUGGCAGCUGGCCUCAAGUCAAGGUCGUACUGAGGAGGAUAGCCGAAGACAAGUCGAUGACAAUUGAGGUAUACGACCACACGAGGAGGAUUAUCGGCAAGCUGGAUGCCAGGACUGCUCAUGGACUCGCCCCGCUUCUCGAUGCGCGCCUGCUGGCACUUCGAACAGAUGCUAUGAUUGGAAUCCGACGACGUCUGCCCAACGAGGAGGCUGGUAAGCCCAUCUCCAAGUCGUAUCCUCUCCAGUUGAUGGUCUAUGGCAAGUACAAGUACGCAAAAACAGUCGGCAUCAACCUCGAGAGGGCGGGCCUGAACCUCCUGAGCCCCACGAGAGUCGACAAGGAUGUCCGAGUCUUCAACCCUCUGGCCAAGGAGAACCGACCUGCAGCAGCUCCCAGAACCUAUGCAAACCCCGCGCCGCCGCCUGUGGCGCGGACCGAAGAGGAGAUUCGAUCUGAUGUGCUCAGCGUCUUUGAUUCUCUGAAAGAGACAGAGGACCUCCCCGAGCAGGAGCCAGACGACCGCAUUGUGACCCCUCUUCUGAAGCACCAAAAGCAAGCCUUGCAAUUUAUGACCGGGCGGGAGGACACGUCAAACAUGAUAGAUGAGCUGUGGCAAAAACGGACCGAUGCCCGCGGGCAGCUCACAUACUACAACGUCAUCACCAACGAGCAGUCCCGCCGCGCUCCUGCCAAAGCACUGGGAGGCAUCCUUGCCGACAUGAUGGGUCUCGGGAAGACCCUGAGUGUGCUGUCGCUGGUUACCUCUACGAUUCCGGCUUCGUUACAAUGGAUUCAGGCGGAGCCUGUGGUGCACUCGGCAGAGCAACCGCGGCCACCGAGAGAGCUCCCAGACAGCUUCGCACCGCCGAAGCCCGAGGCUCUGGGCCUGACCAAGCCAAAGAGGAACUCGAAGGCAACCCUGUUGAUCUGCCCCCUGAGUACGGUCACGAACUGGGAGGAGCAGAUCAAGCAGCACGUGCAGCCGAACUCGCUGUCGUACCAUAUCUACCAUGGCCCGCACCGGAUCAAGGAUUCUGAGAGGCUGGCACAGUACGACCUGGUCAUCACUACCUACGGCUCUGUCUCGAGCGAGCUAAAUGCGCGCUUCGCAAAUAAGCGUGGCCCUCAUCCACUGGAGGACAUCGGAUGGUUCAGGAUAGUGCUCGACGAGGCCCACAUGAUUCGAGAGCAGUCCACGUUGCAGUUCAAGGCCAUAUGCCGGCUCCAGGCCAACAGGCGGUGGGCCGUGACUGGCACGCCUGUGCAGAACAAGCUUGAGGAUCUUGCCGCUCUACUUGCAUUCCUGCGCAUCAAACCAUUUGAUGACCGCACCAAAUUCAACCAGUACAUUGUCGCGCCAUUCAAACUUUGUGACCCCAACAUCGUUCCCAAGCUCCGAAUUCUGGUCGAUACCAUCACCUUGCGUCGCCAGAAGGACAAGAUUGACUUGCCGAGACGGCACGACAGGAUCAUCAAGUUGCAAUUCUCGAGCGACGAGCGACGAAUGUAUGACGCGUUCGAGAAGGACGCUCAGGUCCGUGUGAAUGUCCUUGCUGGCCAGCGCGAGCGCAUGGUCGGUGGCAAGACGUACAUCCACAUUCUGCAGGCCAUCCUGAGGCUUCGUCUGUUUUGUUCCGGUGGGAAGGACCUCCUCAACGAAGAUGAUUUGAGACUGCUGGAGGGUCUGAGUCAAGACUCACCUAUUGAUCUUGACAGCGACGACGAUGACGAGAAACUAGCCCUCACCGAAAACCAAGCAUACGACAUGUUCAACCUCAUGAAAGACACAAAUGGCGACAAUUGUGUGGGAUGCAAUCAAAAGUUGGGCGCCAAGGAGGGUGCAGAGAUCGAGUCAGAGCGCCAAGAGGAGGUUAUCGGCCACAUGACGCCGUGUUUUCACCUGAUCUGCACGUCCUGCAUCAAGGAGAUAGACGGCAACUGUGCCUGCGGACUUGCAAUUCCCGGUCUCGUUGCCCUACGUUUGACCCGGGCCGUCCAGGAGCACGAUGCGCGCGCUGAGGGUAGAAGCCGCAAGGUCAACGGUGGCAAGGGGAUCAAGGACUACACCGGCCCUAACACCAAAGUUAGGUACCUUAUUGAGGAGCUGAAGAAGUGGCGAGAUAUGGGUGAGGCCAAGCCGGACGAGCCACCUUACAAGUCCGUAGUCUUCUCUCAGUGGACUACAAACCUGGACUUGAUCCAAAUGGCUCUCGAAACAGAGGGUAUCAUUUUCGUCCGACUCGACGGCAAGAUGUCCCGCACCGCUCGCACCCGAGCCAUGGACGACUUCCGCGAGAACCCCGCCGUCCAGGUGAUACUCGUCUCCAUCACGGCAGGCGGGCUGGGCCUCAACCUCACGGCAGGGAGUUCGGUCUACAUCAUGGAGCCGCUGUUCAACCCGGCCGCCGAGGCGCAAGCUAUCGACCGCGUCCACCGCCUGGGCCAGAAGCGCGAGGUCCAUUGCAUCCGGCUGCUUAUGGAAGAGUCGUUCGAGGAGAAGAUGCGCGAGCUGCAGGAGAAGAAGAUGAAGCUCGCGUCGCUGAGCAUGGACCGCGACAAGGGCGUCGGCGGUGCCCAACUUUCUAAGUCGGAGGCGGCGAAGCAGAGGCUGAUGGACCUGCGUAGUCUCUUCAAGUAA